AGAAGGCAAAUUAACUGCGAAAUUGCCAGAUGUUCAAUUGCAAUCAGUAGACGUCAAACUACCUGACGUUGAACUACCAUCACUAAAUGUAAAAACUCCCAAAGGACAAGGCAAAUUAACUGCGAAAUUGCCAGAGGUUACAUUGCCAACAGUAGACGUCAAAUUACCUGACGUUGAACUACCAUCACUAAAUUUAAAAUCUCCCAAAGGAGAAGGCAAAUUAACUGCCAAAUUGCCAGAUGUUCAAUUGCAAUCAGUAGACGUCAAAUUACCUGACGUUGAACUACAAUCACUAAAUAUAAAAUCUUUCAAAGGAGAAGGCAAAUUAACUGCCAAAGUGCCAGAGGUUACAUUGCCAUCAGUAGACGUCAAACUACCUGACGUUGAACUACCAUCACUAAAUUUAAAAUCUCCUAAAGGAGAAGGCAAAUUAACUGCGAAAAUGCCAGAGGUUACAUUGCCAUCAGUAGAAGUCAAACUACCUGACGUUGAACUACCAUCACUAAAUUUAAAAUCUCCCAAAGGAGAAGGCAAAUUAACUGCGAAAUUGCCAGAUGUUCAAUUGCAAUCAGUAGACGUCAAAUUACCAGACGUUGAACUACACUCACUAAAUGUAAAAUCUCCUAAAGUAGACGGCAAAUUAACUGCGAAAUUGCCAGAUGUUACAUUGCCAACAGUAGACGUCAAAUUACCAAAUGUUGAACUACCAUCACUAAAUUUAAAAUCUCCCAAAGGACAAGGCAAGUCAUUUAUUGGAAAACUUAUAGGUAAAUCAAAAAAAGGUGUAGUUAGUAAAUUUCCGGAAAAAGACUUAGUGUCCAAGACAGAAUUAUCAAUGUUUUUGGAAAAUGAGAGAGAAUCAGUCGAAGGCCUUAAGGCACAAGAUGUACAAAUUCCGAAUAUAGAAUUACCUGAAUUGGACAUUAUAAUGACCCGUAAGGACAUAAGUUUACCAGACGUUGAAUUGCAAUCAAUAGACGUUAAAUUGCCGAACGUUGAAGUUGCAUCGCUAAAUGUAAAAUCUCCUAAAGUAGACAGCAAAGUAGACAUUACGAUACCUGACAUUGAACUACCAUCACUAAAUAUAAAAUCUCCCAAAGGAGAAGGCAAAUUAACUGCGAAAUUGCCAGAUGUUGAAUUGCAAUCAGUAGACGUCAAACUACCGGAUGUUGAACUACCAUCACUAAAUGUAAAAUCUCCCAAAGGACAAGGCAAGUCAUUUAUUGGAAAACUUAUAGGUAAAUCAAAAAAAGGUGUAGUUAGUAAAUUUCCGGAAAAAGACUUAGUGUCCAAGACAGAAUUAUCAAUGUUUUUGGAAAAUGAGAGAGAAUCAGUCGAAGGCCUUAAGGCACAAGAUGUACAAAUUCCGAAUAUAGAAUUACCUGAAUUGGACAUUAUAAUGACCCGUAAGGACAUAAGUUUACCAGACGUUGAAUUGCAAUCAAUAGACGUUAAAUUGCCGAACGUUGAAGUUGCAUCGCUAAAUGUAAAAUCUCCUAAAGUAGACAGCAAAGUAGACAUUACGAUACCUGACAUUGAACUACCAUCACUAAAUAUAAAAUCUCCCAAAGAAGAAGGCAAAUUAACUGCGAAAUUGCCAGAUGUUGAAUUGCAAUCAGUAGACGUCAAACUACCGAAUGUUGAACUACCAUCACUAAAUGUAAAAUCUCCCAAAGGUCAAGGCAAAUUAAAUGCGAAAUUGCCAGAGGUUACAUUGCCAUCAGUAGACGUCAAACUACCUGACGUUGAACUACCAUCACUAAAUGUAAAAUCUCCCAAAGGAAAAGGCAAAUUAACUGCCAAAUUGCCAGAUGUUCAAUUGCAAUCAGUAGACGUCAAAUUACAUGACAUUGAACUACCAUCACUAAAUAUAAAAUCUCCCAAAGGAGAAGGCAAAUUAACUGCGAAAUUGCCAGAUGUUACAUUGCCAUCAGUAGACGUCAAACUACCAGACGUUGAACUACACUCACUAAAUGUAAAAUCUCCUAAAGUAGAUGGCAAAGUAGACAUUACGAUACCGGAUGUUGAACUACCAUCACAAAAUGUAAAAUCUCACAAAAAGGAAGGCAAAUUAUCUGCGAAAUUGCCAGAGGUUACAUUGCCAUCAGUAGACGUCAAACUACCUGACGUUGAACUACCAUCACUAAAUUUAAAAUCUCCCAAAGGAGAAGGCAAAUUAACUGCGAAAGUGCCAGAGGUUACAUUGCCAUCAGUAGACGUCAAACUACCUGACGUUGAACUACCAUCACUAAAUUUAAAAUCUCCCAAAGGAGAAGGCAAAUUAACUGCCAAAGUGCCAGAGGUUACAUUGCCAUCAGUAGACGUCAAACUACCUGACGUUGAACUACCAUCACUAAAUUUAAAAUCUCCCAAAGGAGAAGGCAAAUUAACUGCGAAAGUGCCAGAGGUUACAUUGCCAUCAGUAGACGUCAAACUACCUGACGUUGAACUACCAUCACUAAAUUUAAAAUCUCCCAAAGGAGAAGGCAAAUUAACUGCGAAAGUGCCAGAGGUUACAUUGCCAUCAGUAGACGUCAAACUACCUGACGUUGAACUACCAUCACUAAAUUUAAAAUCUCCCAAAGGAGAAGGCAAAUUAACUGCGAAAGUGCCAGAGGUUACAUUGCCAUCAGUAGACGUCAAACUACCUGACGUUGAACUACCAUCACUAAAUUUAAAAUCUCCCAAAGGAGAAGGCAAAUUAACUGCGAAAGUGCCAGAGGUUACAUUGCCAUCAGUAGACGUCAAACUACCUGACGUUGAACUACCAUCACUAAAUUUAAAAUCUCCUAAAGGAGAAGGCAAAUUAACUGCGAAAAUGCCAGAGGUUACAUUGCCAUCAGUAGAAGUCAAACUACCUGACGUUGAACUACCAUCACUAAAUGUAAAAUCUCCCAAAGGAGAAGGCAAAUUAACUGCGAAAUUGCCAGAUGUUCAAUUGCAAUCAGUAGACGUCAAAUUACCUGACGUUGAACUACCAUCACUAAAUGUAAAAUCUCCUAAAGUAGACUGCAAAGUAGACAUUACGAUACCGGAUGUUGAACUACCAUCACUAAAUGUAAAAUCUCCCAAAAGAGAAGACAAAUUAACUGCGAAAUUGCCAGAGGUUACAUUGCCAACAGUAGACGUCAAAUUACCUGAGGUUGAAUCACCAUCACUAAAUUUAAAAUCUUCCAUAGGAGAAGGCAAAUUAACUGCGAAAUUAUCAGAUGUUGAAUUGCAAUCAGUAGACGUCAAAUUACCUGACGUUGAACUACCUUCACUAAAUGUAAAAUCUCCCAAAGGAGAAGGCAAAUUAACUGCGAAAUUGCCAGAUGUUGAAUUGCAAUCAGUAGACGUCAAACUACCUGACGUUGAACUACCAUCGCUAAAUGUAAAAUCUCCCAAAGGAGAAUGCAAAGAGGCUAUAAUUUUUCCAGACGUCGAAUUGCUUUCAUUGUGCACUAAAUUACCUGAUAUUGAAAUGUCCAAGCAGCAAUGUCAUUUCGAUAAUACAAUUCCAGAAGUUGAAUUGCCGUUAAUGAAUGUAAUAGCGUCUAAAGGAAAUGACACAAUAUUGCCAGAGGUUGAUUUUUCAUCGGUAGACGAGAAUGCAACUAUUUUACAACUACCAAAUAUUGUAUGUCUUUAUCAGUGGGUUGAUUCAAAACCAUAUGUUGAUUUAACUCCUUUACGUAAUUCCUUUAAUAAUAUCCUUUUAUGCUACAAUAAAGAUCCAAUUUCUUCUCAUUUCACUACUACUUUCAUUUUAUUUUAUGAGGAAGUUAUGGAAAUAUUAGAUAUUUUAUCAUCUAAUUUUAUUUUAAAGGAUAAUGAGACGAUGAAAAAUGAUUCGUGUAUCAAUAAAGUUUUUGAAGAAAUAGAAUCCACAGUAGAAAAUGCACUAACUAUGACCCAAAUUCCAGGCAUUUCAAAAACCUCUUACUUGACUAAUGAUCAAAAUAACAUUAAUAUAAAAAUGGAAUACCUCCAACAAAAAAUAAUUGAAAUAAAAAAACUUUAUGGUACCAAAAUACAAUCCACUCAAAAAUGUAAUAUAAACAAACGUUUUUCAAUGAUCGAAAAUUGUUCCAAAAAUAUUGAAAAUUACGAAAUACAAUUUAAUCAAUUAAAAAAAGAAAAACUUAUUAUAGAGGAAAAAUUUGACAAAUGUAAUUUACUGUUAGAUUCUUUACAACAAGUUAUAGAGGAAAUACAUGAAAUUGUUUCUAUAUAUAAUCAAGCGAAUGAUUUUAAUCAUGAUAUAUCCAAGGACAUAAAUAAACUAUUAAAAACUGCUAAAAAAUUAGAAAAUGAAUUGAUAAAUACCAAUAAAAUAUUAUUUAUUGAACUGAUGGNGAAUUGA